CAAAUAGUCACAGACAGCAACAGGUACACUAUCUUUGCUUCUACCAGUUAAGUUCAAGAUGUCUACUAGCAAAGAGGGAGAAACAAAAUUGAUUUCAAAGACGAAUGCUACAGAUACUAUGUUUAACCUAAAUUCGACAGAGAUAUCUACCAGCAAAGAGGGAGAACUUAAAUGUCCAAUUCAUAGCAAUGAAAUGUUGGAAUUCUUCUGCUCAUCUUGCAAGAAAACAGCAUGUAAUAAUUGUCAACAUGUUGUACAAUGUCAUGAAAAGAAACAUGAAGUGAUAUCAAUGAAGAAUGCUUUAGAAAUAUUUAACCUAAAUGCUACUGAGUUAAUCCAGACAGCUGAUGAUACAGUUAACAAAUUAACAGAAAUCUUCACAACGAAGAAUUCAGAUUUUGAAAAUGAUCUAAAAUUAUGCAAAAUUGCUAUUGAGAAUCAAGAACAGAGACUUAUCAAGAAUAUUAAAGACCAUGCAAGAGCACUUAUAUCAGAUCUGGAAAAAAUAUACAAUGAAAUGAAAAUAGACAAUGAUAAUCGAAUGAAGCAUCUUGAUUCAACACAGAGCCAGGUACAGAAUUUAAAGACAGAAAUUACUGCUAUGAACAAUCCGGAGCAAACAGAAACUCUUGCACUUCAUAGGGCAUCUAUCAAUGCUGUCAGAAAAAAGAUAAAAGGAAACAAAUUUAUUUGUACAAGAGAUCUCACACCAUUUUUCACUCCAUCUAAACACUUGGAUGAGUUGAUGAAAACAGAGGGGAUAGGAAGUAUCACAACUUUUGAUAGCAACACAUACAAGGUUGCUGAAGGUGACGAUGUAAUUACUGUCACAAAAGGACAAGAAUUUGUGGUGAAAUUACUAAGUCCGACACAGAAUGCUAAUUGCCAAUUUGCUGUCACUCUACUGAACUCAUCAGGUGAAGAAUCGCCAACUGAGAUAGAAUACCAGGAAGGUGGAGAGUACAAAAUAACAGGUAGCUGCCAUGUGGAAGGUGAUUGGCAAAUGAAAAUCACACUUGGAUCUGCACACAUCAAAGGAUCUCCAGUGAAUGUCAAGGUGGAAAAACUGGGACUUGUUCAUACCAUUGAGAACAUUUCAGAUUAUAAAGAACAUAGUAAGGAAUCUAAAGUGACAGAUGUAAUGUUAGAUAGAGAUGGAUGCAUGUUAGUAUCAAGCUACAGUAAAGAUGUACUGAAGUUCAACCAAUCUGGUUCGUUUGUUGCUAGGAUACAGUUGCCAAAAGAUGUGAAAGUCAAUAGAAUGCAUCAAAUGGAUGAUGGUCAAACAAUAUAUAGUGAUGAAUUAAGAAAACGUAUGGUAAUAUGUGAUGAUAAAUUUCAAAAAAUCCAUUCAGUUAACAACAAAUUACUGAAGCACCCGAUGGGCUUGACAGUAAACAAUGAAACUAGAUUCAUGUAUGUAGCAGACCACGAAGCUCACUGUGUGUUUAAAUUCAAUGUAGAUGAUGGUAGGUUGCUGGGAAAGAUAGAUUCAAAAAGUAGUGAAUAUAUAAAGCAACCAAAUGAUGUUACUUUAACUAAGGAAGGUCAUGUGAUUAUUGCUGACUUUGAAAGCAAUAUAAUACAAAUGUUUGAUGCAGAUGAUAAGUUUAUGAGAAUCCUUUUAGAAUGUGGUGAGGAAGAUGGUAAAGUUUUGGGUCCAGGUGGUGUAACCAUGGAUAUGGAUGAAAACAUAAUAGUAUCAAGUAAUCAUAAACUACAAUUAUUUGAUAAAGAUGGUGUCUUCAUAAAACGAAUAGAUCAUGAAGAUGAUGGAUUAGAUGUUCCAGCAGGAAUUGCUGUAAUCUCCACUAGACCAAGAAGAGUUGCAGUAGCAAACCACAGAAAAAACAAUGUAAAAAUAUUUAACUACUGAAAUACUAUUCAGAAUCACUUCACAGCAUUACCUCCUCAUUUUAUUCCUUUUAGGGGCACCUUUUAGGGGGCAGUAUUGAUUCAGAUCCAGAGUUCCUUGCUUAGACUAUUUAAAUUACAUUUAAAUUGGUUAUCACAGCACUUGUUAUUCAACCCUUACAUCUCAAACCAAAUACCAUUCAUUUUUGUACAAUAGUGUACAAGUUGACCUCCUGAAAUCAGUGUCAGACAUCUUUAUAUGCAGGUUUCUGACUAGCUAACACAUUGUAAAACAGAGGUAACCAAUAAGCUAUACUUAAACUAGUUUCUCUUGAAAAAAAGAAUAUAUACAAGUAUUUAGAAAUUUAAUCUUUAAAACAUGUCGUAUGAUGUAAGCAAAUUAAAUUAAAAUUAUACUGGUAGUAAUCGUACAUAGGUAGAUGAUGUGCAUACACUGCACUGACGGUUGUCGACUAAACAUGAUUUCCACAAGGACAAGGCAACAGAUUGAUUUUACAGACUGCUACUGGCAAUCAACAGAUGGUGUGGCAUCAAGUGCUCACAAAGAUGAAUUUAUCGGAUGAUGGUCGUACAAUGCAGUCUUUUUCCGGCUUUAGUUUUCAUGCCGUCGUUCCACCAAUUUUUGUUUUCAAUUCCAGACCAGGCCCUCCACUCAUUAAUUUAGCCAAAAAUCAUCUUAGAUUUCUAAUGGUGAAGUCUGUAGUGCUGUACCUUAGCACCAUAUGUGUUUAUAUUAUGGGCAUUUACACAUGCUGCCCUUUUCUUAGUCUUUGUCAUGUCCUAUGUUUCACAUUUGUAUGUUGCAAUUACUAACAUACAAUUGAGUUUAAAAGGUGAAUCUUCAGGUUCAUGGAGAUAAUUCUAAUUGCAAAUUCAAAUUGCUUCUGUUUAUCUAUACAGGAACCACGUAAAAAACACUUAUCAAUGUUAAUGAAAGAUAAGAUAAACUUUAUUGUCAUAAUUCAAACAUUUGAACAUGGGCUUGAUACAAUUCUAAAAGUAAAUAUAAAAGUAACAAUGAAAAAAUAUUAAAUAUGUAGAAAAUACA